AUGUCAGAGGAAAAGUUACAAGAAAUAUUUUGGUCUGUAGAAGAGCUAAUUUAUUUACAUUAUCAAAAUGAAGAUAUAUAUGAAAUUAAGAAAAAAGAAAUUUUAGAAUCGUUGUCAAUAUUAUAUAAUAAUAACAAUAAAGAUGAUUUUAAAAAUGCUAAUGAAUUAUUAAUUAGUGAGGUAGAAGAAGAAAAUAAAUUGAAGAAUAUCUUUUUUGAAAAGAUGAUAGAAGAAUUUAUUGAUUUAUUUAACGUUAUAAAACUAAUUAAAAAUGGGAAUCAUAAAAAAUGUAUUAUGCAUCCAUUUAUUCAGAACAUUUUUAAUUAUAUAAAAGAUAUUUUUAAUAAUAAAUGUAUUGACAAUAUAGAAGAUAUUAAAAAAGAGAUUUAUAAUUAUAUAUUUAUUGAAAAAAAGAAAUAUCAAGAAAUGAAAUAUGAUAGUAGUAGUAGUAAUAAUAAUAAUAAUAAUAAUAAUAAAAAUAAUAUUUUUUUACACACUUGUUAUAUUUUCUUAUAUGAAAUAAAAAUAUUAUUAUGUUGUUAUAUUUUCUUAAAUAUAUUUGUUCAAUAUAACUGGACAGGUCCACCAUUAAAUUAUGAUAUUAAAGAUAUAGAUAAUAAUGAUGAGGAAGAUAUUUAUUUUAAAGAAUUCAUACAUGCUAUACAUAUAAAAAAUAAUAGAAAAAUUUUAAAUUCCUGUUUAAUUUUUUUAACAUUAGAAGGAGAAGAAAUAUAUGAAUAUUGCGAAUUAAUAAAUGCAUUCUCAUUAUCUGUUAUAUUUUUAGGAUUAGUAAAUAAUUAUAAUAACAAAACAGAUAAUAAUAUAUUUUCUUUUUGUGAAUAUGAUCAUUUUAAAAGGUAUGAACAUAAUGAAGACAUGAAUAAAUCGAUGAACACUCAUGAUGAUAAUGAAAAUAUAAAUCAUACAAAUGGUGUUAUUUAUACAUAUGAUGUUGAUAAUAUGAAAAAAGUAGAUGAAAAAGAAAAUAACAACAUCAAUAAUAAUAAUAAUAAUAUGAAUCAUAUGAAAAAAAAAAAUUUUUAUAAUUGCAACAAAUUAUAUGAUCAUUUAAAAUUACUUUAUUUUGUAAGAAGCAAAUAUUUAUGGAGAGCAAGAAUUUUUUUCAUAUGGCAAAGAUUAUUUACUUCAAGUAAUGAUUAUUAUUAUUGUUUAAAAAUUAAUAUUAUUGAUAAACCUAUACAGAUAUUUAAAAAUAUAAAAAUUUUACCACCUGAUUUUGAAUUAAUUGAACAAGAUGUAAAUAUAAAUGAAAUUUAUGAUAUUUUAUAUAGUGUAAAAGAAAAUUUAAAAGAUGUUAAAUAUUGUAAUUUAUUUUAUAAUAAUCAUAUGUCAAAACAAUUUAAAAUAUAUGUAUUAUCAAAUUUUUCGAUUUAUUUAGCUUUUUAUAAUUAUACAAGUGCUUAUCAAAAAAUAUUAGAUUUAUUAACACAAAUAAGUCAUUUUCAAUAUUUCUUUACAGGUAGAAUGGGGAUAAAAAGAAUGUAUCAAAAAAUACCAGCUACUAUACUAGUAUUAAAGACAAAGUUAGAUGAUCAGGAGGAUAAUACCUCUACCAUAUUAAAAGAAAUUGAGCCUUUAAGUGAGUAUGAUAUAUUAAAGAGUGAUUAUCGCAUUAUUGAUAACGAUGAGCAUAACGUUAAUAUAUCCAAUAAUAAUCAACAUUUAAAUAUAAAAAUAAAUGAUAAUAAUAAUAAUGAUAAAGGUACAAACAUAUUUAAUGAACAUAAUGAGUCUUUAAAAAGAGAAGAUAUAAAUCUAUUAUCAAAUAAUAAUAAUAAUUUGAAUAAUGAUCAAUAUGAACAAUUAUCUCAUGAAAAAAAUCCACAAGGAGACUUAAAAGACACACAUACAUGUAAUAAUGAAUUAGAAGAUAAACAAAUAUUAAAUGGAUGUUAUACUAAUAAUAUAAAUAAUCAUAAAAUAAAUCAAAAUAACGACAAUAGUAAUAAUAAUUUUGAGUUAUGUGAUCAUGAUUCAUCAAACGAAAUUAUUCAAGAAAAAAAAUAUAUUUAUGAAUUUAAAGAUGAAAAAAUGAUUAAUAUUGGUGAAGAUUAUGUUAUAAAAAAUAAGAAAAACGAUAAUAAAACAAAUGAUAAUAUAGACAAUAUAUUGGAAGAUCACAGUAAAGAUGAAAAUAAAGAAAGUCUUAAAAAUUAUAUUGAUGUAGAAAAAAAUAAAUCAAAAAUAACCUGGAAAUUAAAAGAUUUUGAUCCGGAUACAGAUAUAUUAGAAGAACCACAUUUUGUUGAUUCUCAAAAUAAUAUUUUUAAAGUUUUAUCUUUUCAAGAACAAAUAUGUUUGAUCAAUUAUUGUUUUUCAAUGAUCAGAUUUAAUCCUCACUAUGAUGAAAUAAAAUUUGAGAAAUUAAAUGCGGUCAUAUCUAGAUGUCUCAAGUGUUAUGAUGUCAAUCCAAAGAAUCCCCAUUUGAUAAAAGAUAAAAAUGAUAAUCAAAAUAAUAAUAGUACAAAAAAUAUAUUAUGUAGUAAUAAUACAAAAAAUAUAUUAUGUAGUAAUAAUACAAAAAAUAUAUUAUGUAGUAGUAGUACAAAUAUUUCUAGUAAUAUGAAUAAUAAUUUUUCUAAUUAUUGUUCUUCCUAUGGAGAUCAAAAAUAUGUAUCUCUACAAUUAAAAUACCAGAAUUGGCUAUUACAUUCUUGCAUGUUAUGGUUCAAAUGUAAAGGAGAAACAUUUCGAUUUAAGACUGUUGACAGAGCUGCAGCUCAAUUAAAUGAACUACAUAAAGAAUGUUAUGAUAUAAUACCUGAAUCUGUGGAAAGACUUAAAUUUAUAUAUGAUGUAUAUUAUCCUACAACGUGGGAAAUGAAAAAGGAAAUAGGUUCUGUAAUGAUAAAAAUAGGAUCAGUUGUAACAGCAUUUAAUAUUUUUAAAGAUUUAAAAUUAUGGGAAGAAGCCAUUUCUUGUUUAAUUCAAGCAGAUAGAAAAGAAGAAGCAAGAGAAUUAUUAGAUGAUUUAUUAAAAAAGAAAAAAAGUCCAUGCUUGUUAUGUUUAUAUGGAUUAAUAGAGAAACAAAGAGCUCUAAACUAUUAUAUUGAAGCAUGGGAAGUUUCAAAUUUUAAAUAUGCAAAGGCAGCUAGAUUAAUUGGGAAAUAUUAUUAUGAAAAAGAAAUGUAUGAAAAAUGUAGUGAAUAUUUAGAAAAAGCUUUAGAAUUAUCUCCGCUAUUUCCAGAAAUUUGGUUUAUAUUAGGUUGUUCAUAUAUGAAAAUCGAAAAUUUCGAUGAAUCUAUAAAAGCAUUUACACGCAUGAUUAGUAUGACUAAUGAUAAUUCAUGCAAAUCAUAUGGUAAUUUAGCUUACUUAUAUAUGAAAAAGGGAACAUAUAAAGCAGCUAAAAUAUGUAUUAAUCAAGCUGUUAAAGUGAAUAAUAAUGAAUGGAAAUAUUGGGACACUUAUUUAAAAUUAUCUAUUUUACAAAAUGAUAUAGAUAGUUUUUGUUUAGCUUUAAGAAUGAUAUGUCAAGUUAAUCAAGUUAAACAAAUACAACCAUGGGUAUUUGAUUAUAUAUCUGAUGUAAUAGUAAAAGAUAAACCUACUUUAAUUCAAAAUAAAAAUGGACUAGCUUAUCUAGAUAAAAUUAUUACAACUAUGGAACAUUUGUCUCAAUAUAUAACAGAAUUGGAUACAUUCUGGAAUGCCUAUUCCUUUUUUCUUUUUAUAAAGGGAAAAUUUUUAGAUUCAUUUGAGGCAAAAAUUAAGGAAAUACGAUCAAUAGAGAGUAUAAUACAAAAAUGCAAUAACGAAAAGUUAGUUGAUGCGUUGAUUUCGAAGAUAGUGGUUGCCACAAAAUUUCUUUAUCACUUGAUAAACUCACAUGACGUUGGCGAAAAAAAAGGAACGUGUUUGUACCAACUAAAGAGCCUUGUCGAAUCAACCUUAAAUCAUUACAAAAACCUUAGUAGUGAGAACUUACAAGAGUUAUCACAAAUAAAGAACAUUUUAAAUUAA